AUGGCUAAAAGCUUCCUGAGGAAGUGGAAAAGGAAGAUGCAUGCUGAAAAGAGAAAAAAGAAUGCCCCCAAAGAGCUCAGCAGACUUAAAAGUAUUCUCAAAAUAGACAGUGAUGUUUUAAUAAAAGAUGUUCAAGAGAUAGCAACUGUGGUGGAACCAAAACAUUGCCAAGAGAAAAUGCGAUGUGUGGUGAAAGAUGAAGAAGAGGACAUGAAAAUGGAGACUGAUAUUGAGAGAAACAAAAAGAGUCCUCUAUACCAGCCUGGACAGUACCCAGUAUGGAUGAACCAGAGGCAAAGUAAAAGGCUGGAGGCAAAGCAAGAGAAAGAAAAAGGGAAAAGGAAAGCAAAAGCAGCGAAGGCAGCAAAGGGUUUGGCCUGGUACACUCUUAAAACCUUGAAAAGUGUCACAUGGGACAGAUGUUUGAUUAGAAUGUAUGUAGUGAUUUCACCUCCCACCAAAUGA